CGGAAGCGCCCGGCGGGGCGGCUGGGCAGCAUCGCAGCCGCGGAGCGCCGUGAGCAGCGGGGCCGGACGGCAGCCGGCGUUCUCGGGGACGCCCUGCGGGGAACCGCCGGUAGCACUGGAGGGGCGCCGAGCCUGGAGAAGAAACAUGCAACAUGGCAGCAGCCAUGGAAACUGAACAGCCAGGCCUCGAAGUCUUUGAAACCACGGGCUGUGAGGAGCAGGUGCAGAGAGAGGAGCAGCCAAAACCUGAACCUUUCUAUGUAGAGAGACAUUCCUGGAGCCAGCUUCGGAAACUGCUCACAGAUACACGAAAGUAUCAUGGAUAUAUGAUGGCAAAAGCCCCACAUGACUUCACGUUUGUUAAGAAAAAUGAUCCCGAAGGACCUCAUUCUGAUAGGAUUUACUAUCUGGCAAUGUCUGGGGAGAAUAGAGAGAACACACUCUUCUACUCUGAAAUUCCAAAAACUGUGAACAAAGCUGCUGUCCUGUUGCUUUCCUGGAAGCCUCUCUUGGAUCUUUUUCCGGCCAUCCUGGACUAUGGUAUGUACUCUCGGGAAGAGGAGUUGCUGCGGGAGAGGAAGCGGAUUGGCACUGUUGGGAUUGCCUGCUACGACUACCACCGCGAGAGCGGCACCUUCCUGUUUCAGGCUGGGAGUGGAAUUUAUCAUGUAAAAGAUGGAGGCCCUCAUGGAUUCACUCAACAGCCUUUAAGACCCGUUCUGGUAGAGACCGGUUGUCCAAAUAUCCGGAUGGAUCCUAAGCUUUGUCCAGCUGAUCCAAAUUGGAUUGCCUUUAUCCAUAGCAAUGACAUCUGGAUAUCUAAUAUAGAAACCAGAGAAGAAAGGAGGCUAACAUUUGUGCACAAUGAACUUGCCAGUGUUGAGGAAGAUCCAAAGUCUGCUGGCGUGGCUACUUUUGUGCUGCAGGAGGAGUUUGACAGAUACACUGGCUAUUGGUGGAGUCCAAAGGCAGAGCCAACACUGAAUGGGGGUAAAGUUCUUCGAAUUCUUUAUGAAGAAAAUGAUGAGUCAGAAGUGGAAAUCAUUCAUGUCACAUCACCCAUGUUGGAGACAAGAAGAACAGAUUCCUUCCGGUACCCCAAAACUGGUACAGCAAAUCCAAAGGUCACUUUCAAGAUUUCUGAAGUGGUGAUCAAUGAAGAAGGAAGAAUUGCAGGUGUUGUGGAUAAAGAGCUGGUUCAGCCGUUCGAGAUCCUCUUUGAAGGAGUGGAGUACAUUGCUAGAGCUGGGUGGACGCCAGAAGGAAAAUACGUUUGGUCCAUCUUACUGGAUCGUUCCCAGACUCGACUGCAGAUCGUCUUGAUUCCCCCUGCAUUAUUCAUCCCGGUAGAAUAUGAUGCAAUGGAAAGGCAGAAACUUAUCGACGCCGUACCAGAUUCUGUUACACCUUUAAUUAUUUAUGAGGAAACAACAGACAUAUGGAUAAAUAUCCAUGAUAUCUUCUAUGUCUUCCCUCAAACCCAUGAAGAUGAGAUAGAGUUCAUUUUUGCCUCCGAGUGUAAAACAGGAUUCAGACACCUGUACAAAAUUGUCUCAAUUUUGAAGGAGAGCAAAUAUAAGCGGUCAUCUGGAGGACUCCCUGCUCCAAGUGACUUCAAGUGCCCCAUCAAAGAGGAGAUUGCCAUUACCAGUGGGGAAUGGGAAGUGCUUGGCAGACAUGGGUCCAAUAUCUAUGUAGACGAAGCCAAAAAACUGGUGUAUUUUCAAGGCACAAAAGACUCUCCUUUAGAACAUCACUUGUAUGUUGUUAACUACAAGAAUCCCGGAGAAGUAAAACGACUGACAGAACGUGGUUACUCUCAUGCCUGCUGUGUCAGCCAGGAUUGUGACAUGUUUAUUAGCAAGUACAGCAAUCAGAAGAACCCACACUGUGUGUCCCUUUACCGGCUGACAGGACAUGAAGAUGAUGCAGCUCAAAGGACAAAGGAAUUCUGGGCUACGAUUUUAGAUUCAGCAGGCCCUCUUCCUGAUUACAUUCCCCCAGAAGUGUUCUCCUUUGAGAGCUCCACGGGGUUUACGCUCUAUGGGAUGAUGUACAAACCUCACAAUCUGCAGCCUGGGAAGAAGUACCCUACUGUGAUCUUCAUCUAUGGAGGCCCGCAGGUGCAGCUAGUGAACAAUCGAUUCAAAGGACUCAAAUAUUUCCGACUGAACACCUUGGCCUCUUUAGGCUACGUUGUUGUGGUUAUUGACAACAGGGGGUCCUGCCACCGAGGGCUGAAGUUUGAAGGAGCCUUCAAAUACAAAAUGGGGCAAAUAGAAAUUGAUGACCAAGUGGAAGGGCUGCACUACUUGGCAUCACAGUAUGACUUCAUCGAUUUGGAUCGUGUUGGCAUUCAUGGCUGGUCAUAUGGAGGCUACCUCUCUCUUAUGGCUUUAAUGCAGAGGUCAGAUAUCUUCAGGGUUGCCAUCGCCGGAGCGCCCGUGACGCUGUGGGUUUUCUAUGACACGGGUUACACAGAGCGCUACAUGGGCCACCCGGAGCACAACGAGCAGGGCUACUACCUGGGUUCCGUGGCCAUGCAAGCUGACAAGUUUCCUUCUGAACCAAACCGUUUGCUGCUGCUACAUGGGUUCUUGGAUGAGAACGUUCACUUUGCACACACUAGUAUUUUGCUCAGCUUUUUAGUGAGAGCUGGGAAGCCAUACGACUUGCAGAUCUACCCUCAGGAGAGGCACAGUAUAAGGGUGCCUGAGUCGGGAGAGCACUAUGAACUCCAUCUACUGUAUUACCUGCAAGAGAAUCUGGGCUCUCGCAUUGCUGCCCUGAAGGCAAUGUAACUCACCUCUGCAGGACUCUGCUCAGCUGGCUGCUGUUCCGAAUGAGGAGAGAGGAAACUAGAGAAAACCACAGAACUUUGCAUUUUGGUGCCUGCCACGUGUACACACACAUUCAUACAUAGAGAGACACUUUUUUAAAGUAAAUUUGGUGCCAUAUAGGGAAUUAAAGGACGAUGGCCUAAUAACCUUAAAGCUUAGGGUGUAAAUAAAAUCCAGUGUCUGUAGUGCAAUGCAGUACCAUGGGUGUUCUCUCGGGGGAGGAGCUCAACUGAAGAUAAAGUACUUCCACAGCACCAGAUCUUCACGUUUUAAAAAGACUCUGAUCUAAUCAGUGUUUUUACAGUGUGCUCCUUGACACUAGAAAGUUUACUCACUACACAGCAGGAGUUUACCUGGAUGCUUACAGUGUGUACAUUACGUUUUGAAUGUCAUUGUAUAGCUUUUAUGCUUCCUAAGCGGGAUGUGUCUCACUCCAGAAAAGUUGGUCCCAAGUUAGACACGUCCCCUAUCCAGCUUCUGAUUGUUUUCUAAGGAGAAACACUUUUAAGCUGCCCUAAGAAGAUUUUAAAUUUUGGAUUCAGUUCAGCUGAUGCCAGAUUCUUUUCAAAAAUGGCUUUUCUUCUCAGGAUAAGUCGUACUGGUUUUCCUUCCAGCAGAUUGCUAUCCUAUCCUGAUUGUACUCGAUUUCAGCUGGGGAAGUGAAAUGAUGUUUUACUGUGAUGUGAGCAUAACAAUCUUUUAUUUGGGAUGCAAACUAAUUUAAGGCAAAUUGCUGAGACUUUGUAAAUUCUAAAAGAAGCUUAAAAGUGCA